AUGUCUGCUGCUACCGCCUCUAACACUGCUCAACAACCUAUCUCUCUAAGAGUCAACGCUGCUUUGUUCGACGUUGAUGGUACUUUGAUCAUCUCUCAACCAGCUAUUGCUGAAUUCUGGAGAGAUUUCGGUAAGGACAAGCCUUACUUCGACUCCCAACAUGUCAUCGAUAUCUCUCACGGAUGGAGAACAUACGAUGUUAUCAAGCAGUUCGCUCCAGAUUACGCCAACGAAGAAUAUGUCACCAAGUUGGAAGGUGAAAUCCCAGAAAAAUUCGGUCAACACGCUAUCGAAGUUCCAGGUGCCAGUAAAUUGUGUGGUGAAUUGAACAAGCUUCCAAAGGAAAAAUGGGCUGUCGCCACCUCCGGUACUUACGAAAUGGCUCACAAAUGGUUUGACAUCUUGGGAAUCAAGAGACCUUCUAACUUUAUCACCGCUAACGAUGUCAAGAACGGUAAGCCUCAUCCAGAACCUUAUUUAAAGGGCAGAAACGGUUUGUCUUACCCAAUCAACAAAGAAAACCCAGCCGCUUCAAAGGUUAUUGUCUUUGAAGAUGCUCCAGCAGGUAUCUUGGCCGGUAAAGCUGCUGGCUGUAAGAUCGUUGGUAUUGCCACUACUUUCGACAAGGAAUUCUUGAUCGAAAAGGGUUGCGAUAUCGUCAUCAAGGACCACACCAAGUUGAGAGUUGCUGCCUACCACCCUGAAACCGAUGAAGUUGAAUUCAUCUUUGACGAAUACUUAUAUGCCAAGGAUGAUCUACUUGAAUGGUAA